AUCCUGGCUCGUUGCUCAGGCAGACCAGGGAAACGCUGCCGCUUCAUACUUCCUCUCAAGGAUCCUUCUUGCCGACCUUGUAGCAAGUAAUGUAUGGCGGCUCAAGCGGAUAGUCGCACUCCAGCCCAUCUUGCGAUUCUUACACUCAGCAGCCCAGGCAAACCACACGAUGGCACAGUUCCGCCUGGCCAAGUGCUAUCUCUACGGACUCAUGGUCAACCAAGACCACACCAAGGCUGUCAAGCUCUAUCGCAAACUUGCCGAUCGUGGAAUCUCUCAGGCUCAAAUUGCCCUCGGUGGAUGCUAUGAGAAUGGUGAAGGUGUCGAUCAAGAGUAUAACACAGCCAUCGAGUGGUACUCAAAGGCUGCCGACCAAGGCAGUGAAGACGGCCGGCACCAUAUCUUGCGGAUCGGAAAAUACCUCCACUGGGGCCUGGGAGUAUUGGAGGACCGAAUUACGGCAUUCGAGUGGUACAGCAAAUCGGCCGACCAUGGCAAUUCGUACGGGCAGUGGAUGACUGGUGUAUGCUACUACUGGGGACACGGAGUCAUCGAGGACGGAACCAAGACAGUCGAGUGGGGUCGUAAGUCGGCUGAGCAGGGCAAUCGACAAGGACAGUACCGACUCGGUGAAUGCUACAGAGAUUAUGAAUAUAUGCCUGAGGACAUCGACGCUGCCGUCCUCUGGCUCCGCAAGGCCGCCGACCAGGACUUCCAGCUUGCCAUCGACAGCCUCAAGGAACUCGGCAAGUGGCCCUGAUCCCGAGUUUGACCGACGUCCGCCUCGGAUCCUUGAUUGACACUGUGUACUAUCGAAUGACUCGGCUAUGACAACUCGUAAUAGUUCACAGUGCAUUAUAGUCAGCGAGGACCACAACAGGUGUGCAUGAGCUUGUUGUCUAACCCACUGCCGGAUACCGUUUGGUACAAAGGCUUGUUAGAGGGCAGCACUAUUUGUAUAUCGGAUGUAUUCAAUGUCAAAUACAACAUCACUGCUUCAUCGGAUCCACUCUGCAAGUUCACUUC